GUAAAAAACAGGAGUUAUAAUGAUUCAAAUACGAUUCAAGGAAACAGAACCUCCUGGACGAAAAAUAUUUUCAUUAUGAAAACAGAAAAAAGAUACUUAAUGUAAUGGACACGCAGACUUCGCAGGCUUUAAAAGACUGUCAGGAUAUACAGCAUAUGAUAGAUAUUACAUCACAACAUCUAGAUAGACUCAGAUCAACAUUCAGUAAUGCUAGUGACGAACUAACCCGUCAGGAGAUCAGAACUUUAGAAGGGAAAUUAGUGAAACACUUCAGUGAGCAGCUUGCGGUAAAAUAUGGACUUGGAGCCAACAAUUCAGAUUUUGUUUACUUCCCUUCUCUCUCACAGUGGCUUCAGGUGGUGGGGGUAUCCUGUGAUACGAAAGAUGCCAUCUGUCAGAGAGUCCGAUCCCUAGAGGAUCUAAAGGAUAAGACUGAAUGUGAAUUGAAAAGGAUCCUCCUAACUGCCUCCAGAGUUCCUCCGAAUGUUCGGCAUGAAGACCUCCGACGUCUCUGUCGUAGCCUUCAUAAUCUCAGGAAGUACACUGAUGUACUGGUCUACGGUGGGAAAAUGUACGGGCCGGGUGGGGACCCGUCUAAACUUGAACUCUACUGGGACAGCUGGGACAUGCCACAUUCAAAAAGUGAGUGUAGUUCCCCGAAGAAUAGUUUCACGUUACCAAACCGUCUGGUUCAUAUCUCUACAGACGAUCUACCAAUCUCCUCCCCUCUACCCUUCUCUAGAUCUCACCAGAAUAGGCCUGCUGACAGUACCUCAUCAAGUGUGAGUAGUAGUUCCUCUGCUCCGCCUCCUUCACCAGGCUGCUCCACCCUUUCCCCACCCUCCAUCACGGAGUCCUUGUCCAGGGGGUCUAUGAUCACACCCCCUGCCACACCCCCCUGGGUUGUCCUGACCAAGGAGAAGGGGCGGGGAGCCCCGCAUUCUACCCCGCCGGCCAGUAAGAAGCUCUCUACCUCUAGUCAUGGUGUGAGAGAUCUGUCAGCCUUGAGUAAAUCCAAGUCCCAGGAAUCUGAGUUGAGUAACAGAAUAGACAACUUUAUUGUGGAAACUCAAACAGAGGGUAGAUUAGAACCAGGGGAGAGGAUAGAUUCCUCUGGUUACUCAAGCGCCAGUGAGGCGCCUAGCUCUAGUAGGCGCCGGCUACCUUCUUCAGAUCCUGAGGGUUCACAGUCUGAUUGUCAGGGACCUAGUCCUGUGUCUAGUCCUAAGUCUCCAGCUGUACUGAAGAGUAGUCUCCAGGUCCCCAGAUCACCUCGGACUCCUGGAGUAAUGGUUCCACCAGCUAACAGACCUAUGACUCAUAUCAUUAACCAUAGGUUUACUAAAACCUUUAAACCUGCCAGAUGUAUGUACUGUCAGGAGAUCUUCUUUCAGGGAAUGAAAUGCAAAGAGUGCAAGUUUCGUUGUCACACCCUCUGUCAAAGCCUAGUCCCGCCCUCUUGCGGUCUUCCUGACGAUCUUCUUCAGCAUUUCAUGCAUCAUCUUACAUCAGAGGGAUCACCGAUCCUUCCACGAUCCCAACCUACUAGUCUAGUUCAACCACCCUUUCAUUCUAGUUCAUCCAGCUGUAAUUCAUCCACACCCUCCUCCCCUCAGGUUAUUGUUACAUCACAUCCUACUCCUCCCUGGGUAGUUAGAUCCGGUCAACAUUUUCAUUUCCCGGAUCCUUCAAAUCCAAGACAGUUCUCCUCUCCUGUACAGGUGGUUGAAAGUGUAGGAAGUGCUAACCCACUGGUGGAUACAGUCAAAUCUAACGACAGCGAUAAAACCCUAUCAGGGAGCUCUGAUAGUAUAGGGACUGCGUAUAGACUAGACUCCCAGGACUCCACUACUAGUGUAGAAGGGGAUGCCGCCUCAACAUGGUCCAGUGGAAGACAGAUGAGUAUCCGAGAAUGGGACAUUCCCUACGAAGAACUCAAGAUCAUGGAUAAAAUCGGCAGUGGACGAUUUAGCACGGUCCACAUGGGAAACUGGCACGGGGAUGUUGCAAUUAAAGUUCUUGAUGUCGAGAAUCUUGAGGAUGAGACAGCUGCAUUGGAGGCAUUUAAACUGGAUGUUGCAACUUUCAGGAAAACUCGGCAUGAAAACCUGGUUUUGUUCAUGGGAGCUUGUAUGAAGCCUCCUAAACUGGCGAUUGUUACUUCUCUUUGUAAGGGAAACACACUGUACACACAUCUUCACCUCAGAAAGGAUAAAUUUUUCAUGAACAAGAUUAUAAUAAUCGCGCAGCAGAUCGCGCUUGGGAUGGGCUACCUUCAUCAUCGCGGCAUCGUGCACAAGGACCUGAAAACUAAAAACAUUUUCUUAGAGAAUAGCCGCGCCAUUAUCGCCGAUUUUGGAUUGGUGAAUGUCGCUCGCCGUCUGUGUUCUCGAUAUCGGCGGCCCGGUGAUUCUCGCGGCGGUAUAUCUGAAUGUAUGUCAAUACCAGCAGGCUGGUUGUGCUACCUGGCUCCUGAGGUUAUUAGAGAACUACGGGUUCAUCAAACACGUGGAGAGGAUCUACCUUUCACCAGGUCAAGUGAUGUCUACGCGUUUGGAACUGUUUGGUACGAGCUAUUGACCGGUGAAUGGCCGUGGAAACAUCGGCCACCAGAAUCCAUUAUUUGGCAGGUUGGACACGGUAUCAAACCAACCCUGGCAAACCUUCAGGCUAGCCGGGAGGUUAAAGAUAUCCUGGUUCAAUGUUGGCUCUUCAACCCUGAGAGAAGACCUGAUUUCUCCGAUAUUGUUCAAAGUCUGGAGAAACUACCAAAGAAGAGAUUGGCACGAUCUCCCUCCCAUCCCAUUCAUCUUUCAAGAUCCGCAGAAUCAGUUUUUUAAACCCCUUAAAGGGACUUUUAUGUGUAAAUUCAAGUGACCCUCCAUUUAUAGAGUGGCAUCUUCGAUUCACAACGACACCCUUUAAAACGACAAUAUAUUUCUAAAUCCACUUCAGAUUAAGGGUUCUAGAGUACCGUUGUUCAUUGGGCAUGUCAUGUAAUUAGAGACUCACUUAGAAAUACAAACAGUCCCUUUAACAGGGGGUCCAUAAUCCAUAUAAACAUGAGAAUAUUUGUUUUGUUGACUUCUUAAUCGAUUUUUAUUCAUAAUUCAAUAAUUCGGUGAUUUUCUAGAAAUCUGAUCGUAAAGGUUGGACUAGAAGAAAUAUCAAAUUUAAAGAAAUUAGUUUACUUUUUCUGAUUACUUGAUAGAAAAUUUUGAUUUAAUUAAUUGUUACUCCUUGAUAAGAAUCUAUAUUUCAUAUUUUCUUACUCCUAGUUAAGUUAACUAAUGGGUGAAACCGUAAACAAAUAUAUUCGGCAAAGUAAACAGGUUCUUUAAAAUGGUUUAAUUUAUCUAAAGGGAAUGAGAAAUCCGUUCCUUAUGAUUUCAUAGCUGUAACGUGCCGGGCAUUCCCAACACUUGUCAUUCUUAGAACAUUCCUACAUAUUGAUCUUUUUGUGAACUUUAGCCCUGUCAGAAUAUUUAUAUUAAUCCUGCAUAUCUUGUCUACAGUG